UUCAUCUCUAUAAUCAAUUUUCGAGCUGCUGGAUAUUUGUGUGAAUAAAAAUAGUGUGGUGUAUUGAGUAAUUUUUAAAAAGCUUUAGAGAGCAGCUUUAAAAGAGAUUGCAAAUAGAAGCAACAUAUUCAAUAUAAUGCAAAUAAGUUUUGGCUAAAACGCUUAAAAAAAUUUUCGAUUAGCGAUGGGCGAUGUGGACCCCGAGACGCUGUUGGAAUGGUUGUCCAUGGGACAAGGAGAUGAGCGGGACAUGCAACUGAUCGCACUGGAGCAGCUAUGUAUGCUGCUCCUGAUGUCUGAUAAUGUAGAUCGUUGCUUCGAAAGUUGUCCUCCUCGAACAUUUUUGCCGGCGCUGUGUAAGAUAUUCCUGGAUGAACUUGCACCUGAAAAUGUACUCGAAGUUACUGCGCGAGCAAUCACCUACUACCUGGAUGUUUCGGCCGAGUGCACCAGGCGUAUCGUUUCGAUUGAUGGAGCCAUUAAGGCCAUUUGCAACCAUCUUGUGGUUGCCGACUUGUCAUCGCGCACAUCUCGCGAUCUGGCCGAGCAAUGUAUCAAAGUGCUCGAGCUGAUUUGCACCCGCGAGGCGGGUGCCGUCUUCGAGGGUGGCGGCCUCAACUGUGUGCUGUCCUUUAUUCGGGACUGCGGCUCGCAGGUUCACAAGGACACCCUGCACUCGGCCAUGUCUGUGGUCUCCCGGCUCUGCACCAAAGUGGAGCCCAACACGCCGUGCAUUCAGAACUGCGUUGAGAGUCUCAGUACGCUGCUCCAACACGAGGACCCCAUGGUGUCCGAUGGCGCUCUGAAGUGCUUUGCCUCCGUGGCAGACCGAUUUACGCGCAAGUGGGUGGACCCAGCCCCUCUAGCUGAGUACGGCUUGACGACGGAGCUGUUGAAGCGCCUCAAGAGCGUUGGAGGCAACACCCACUCUUCCCUUUCUGCGGCUGGAGCCCAGCCGACCAGCUCCAAUGCACCCGCUGCUGCCACAAACUCGGAUGCCCUCAAUGAGAACGUGGCGGGAACUACAACCAUUUCCAACAGCACCAAAGUGAAGGCAUCCGAUGCUGCCGCAUCCCCGCAGUCGAUAUCCACUACGAUUUCCCUGUUGUCCACACUCUGCCGCGGAUCUCCCUCCAUCACCCAUGACAUUCUGCGAUCCCAGCUGGCCGACGCUCUCGAACGAGCACUGCAGGGCGAUGAGCGAUGCGUGCUGGACUGCAUGCGAUUUGCAGAUCUAUUGCUGCUGCUUUUGUUUGAGGGGCGGCAAGCCUUAAACCGAGGCAGUAACAACCCGAAUCAGGGCCAACUAGCGCCACGACCCAGACGCAACAACACGAACACAGAUCGCACGCAUCGCCAGCUCAUCGAUUGCAUUCGAUCGAAGGACUCGGAGGCUCUCCGCGAGGCCAUCGAAUCCGGCGGCAUAGACGUCAACUGUAUGGAUGAUGUGGGUCAGACUCUUCUUAACUGGGCCUCAGCUUUUGGCACCUUGGAGAUGGUCGAGUAUUUGUGUGAGAAGGGCGCCGAUGUCAACAAGGGCCAACGGAGCUCUUCCCUGCAUUAUGCCGCUUGUUUCGGACGCCCGGCCAUUGCGAAAAUCUUGCUCAAAUUCGGAGCCUAUCCGGAUCUGCGAGAUGAGGAUGGAAAAACACCGCUGGAUAAAGCACGCGAAAGGCUGGACGACGGACAUCGCGAAGUGGCAGCCAUUCUGCAGUCUCCCGGGGAGUGGAUGUCUCCCGAUCACUCGCUCCUGAACAAGGAUGGCAAAAAGUACACCCUGAUGGAGCCACGGGGAGAUCCGGAAAUGGCGCCCAUUUACCUAAAGGUUCUUCUGCCCAUAUUCUGUCGGACCUUCUUAGGCUCCAUGCUGGGAAGUGUGCGACGGGCCAGUUUGGCAUUGAUAAAGAAGAUCGUACAAUAUGCGUACCCAACGGUGCUCCAAAGUCUAAGCGAAAGCAGUUUCAGCGAAGAUGCAGCUUCAACAUCGGGCCAAAACGGUGGAAACCUACUAAUCGAGGUCGUCGCCAGUGUCCUAGACAACGAGGAUGACGACGACGGUCAUUUAAUUGUUUUGAACAUUAUUGAGGAAAUUAUGUGUAAAACACAAGAGGAGUUUCUUGAUCAUUUUGCAAGACUCGGAGUGUUUGCAAAGGUCCAAGCCCUGAUGGACAAUGAUGCAGAAGAAUUGUAUGUGCAAUUAUCUGGAAACACUGAAGAACCAGCAGCAGCGCAAAGAUCUUCGACAAGCGUUGUGGUCACACCAAGAUCAACUUCAGAUGAUCCCAUGGAGGACGCAAAGGAAAUAUUGCAAGGAAAGCCGUAUCAUUGGCGGGAGUGGAGCAUUUGCAGGGGACGAGACUGCUUGUACGUGUGGUCAGAUUCAGUGGCUCUGGAGCUUUCCAACGGCUCCAACGGAUGGUUCCGUUUUAUAAUAGACGGCAAACUGGCAACGAUGUACUCGAGUGGAAGCCCAGAAAACGGAAAUGAUAGUUCUGAAAAUCGUGGAGAGUUUUUAGAGAAACUGAUGCGUGCGCGUUCCUGCGUAAUCCCAGGAGUUGUUUCGCAACCCAUUUUGCCCACUGCGAGUGCCCUUCGACUGGUUGUUGGAAACUGGGUCCUGCAAUCGCAUAAAACAAAUCAACUGCAAAUUCACAACACCGAGGGCCAUCAAGUAACUGUGCUGCAGGAUGACUUGCCUGGCUUCAUUUUUGAAAGCAACCGAGGAACGAAGCAUACCUUCACGGCAGAAACUGUCCUGGGUCCCGAUUUCGCCUCCGGUUGGUCGACUGCUAAGAAGAAGCGCAACAAGUCCAAGACAGAAGGUCAGAAGUUCCAAGUUCGAAACUUGUCCCGGGAAAUCUACAACAAAUACUUCAAAUCGGCGCAAACAAUUCCUCGAGGAGCCGUAGCUAUACUUACGGACAUAGUGAAGCAGAUUGAGGUCUCCUUCGAGGAGCAGCACAUGGCACCGAAUGGAAAUUGGGAAACCACCUUGACGGACGCCCUAAUGAAGCUAUCGCAACUCAUCCACGAAGAUGGCGUUGUGAGUGCCUAUGAGAUGCACUCGUCGGGAUUGGUGCAAGCGUUGGUGGCUGUUUUGUCGGUCAACCAUUGGGAAAACAAUUCACCGCGCUGCAAGCGAAACAAAAUGCAAAAACAACGAGUUUCCGUAUUCAGGAAAUGCAUACUUGAGGAUAACGUAGAGUCUGCAACGAACAAGCCGAGAACAAAGAGUACUGCAAGUAUUCUAAUUCAGAAGCUUGUGUCUGUUUUGGAAAGCACAGAGAAGCUGCCGGUCUACUUGUACGACACUCCGUGCACCGGUUACAGCCUACAAAUCCUGCAGAAACGACUUCGCUUCCGAUUGGAGCGUGCGGAAUGCGAGAGCACCUUGUUCGAUCGAUCGGGCCGAACUUUAAAAAUGGAACCCCUAUCCACAAUUGGCCAACUCUCCAAGUAUCUACUAAAGAUGGUAGCAAAACAAUGGUACGAUCUCGACCGGUCAACGUACUUUUAUCUGAAGAAAAUACGGGAGCAAAGAACCGGCACCGUGUUUACGCACUCAUUCGAUUUCGAUGAGGAGGGUUUGCUGUUCUACAUUGGCUCCAAUGCAAAGACAUGCGAUUGGGUCAACCCGGCACAGUAUGGACUUGUGCAGGUGACAAGUUCGGAGGGAAAGACCUUGCCCUAUGGCAAACUGGAGGAUAUCCUAUCUCGCGACAGCAUCUCACUCAAUUGUCACACUAAGGACAACAAGAAGGCCUGGUUCGCCAUCGACUUGGGCGUCUACAUUAUCCCAACUGCUUAUACACUGCGUCAUGCUCGCGGAUACGGAAGGUCCGCUCUGCGAAACUGGCUUCUGCAGGGAUCGAAGGAUGGCCUGAGCUGGACAACUCUAAGCUCCCAUGUCGAUGACAAGAGCCUCGUUGAGCCCGGCAGCACAGCCACUUGGCCCAUUACGUGCGCCGCAGAUGACUCCCUGCGAUAUCGCCACAUCAGAAUUCAGCAAAAUGGUCGCAAUGCCUCUGGCCAGACCCAUUACUUGAGCUUGAGUGGAUUCGAGAUCUACGGUCGUGUGGUGGGAGUGGCCGACGAUAUUGGAAAGAGCGUCAAGGAGGCUGAGGCAAAAAUAAGACGCGAGAGGCGACAGAUUCGGGCUCAACUGAAGCACAUGACCACAGGAGCUCGGGUAGUCAGAGGCGUUGACUGGCGCUGGGAGGAUCAGGAUGGAUGUGCCGAGGGCACAAUUACUGGCGAAACACACAACGGCUGGAUCGAUGUUAAGUGGGAUCACGGCGUACGCAAUUCCUAUCGCAUGGGAGCCGAGGGAAAGUACGAUUUGAAGUUGGCCGAUUGCGAGUAUCUCUCCGUCUUCGAGGGAAAUCAGUCCAUGGGCACGGUUAAUUCGGCUGCGAAGAUCAAUGAUAAGUCCAAUACACUCACCUCACGCAAAUCGAGUUCGACUCCGUCGCUGCCCGAAGCCACCGAGAAGAAUCAAAACGCCGAAGGCGCCUCCAAUCAAACCGUUUCGGCGGACAAUUUGGCCUGGAAACAGGCGGUCGAGACGAUUGCAGAGAACGUGUUUGCUUCGGCAAAGACUCAGAUAAUCUCCAACCAACUUGCUAUGAAUACAUCUUCCUCCCGGGAAGUUCGAGCCAAGCACAAGGAGUCGGGCACCAACCAAAUGCAUAAGGACAACAUUAGUGGACCGUCGCCGUUGAGUCGAGAGUUGGAGCACAUUUCGGACUUGUCGGCCAUCAAUAACUCCAUGCCUGCGAUUAACUCAAGUAUUGUUUCCGACCUGGCCACCAUUUCGGAGAACUUGUCCCUAGCUGAACUGUCCAAAGAAAAUAUAUGCAGCGUCCUUUCGCCUCCAUACAAACCAGCUGAGAACGUUGCUGCGAGUCAGAGCACCAGCCUGCCGGACGUCCAGAGUUCGUCGCCGCGCGAGAGUGAUAUCAAAAACAUAUCCAACAUUGAGGAGAACAACAAGAUGAACGCUAACAACUCGGUGAACAAGAUAUCGAAGGACCUGCUCGUAAAUCUCCGAACAUCGAACAUUGCUGGCUGUCAGCCAGUCACCCAACUUUCGACAGAGGCCCUCGAGAUGAUCGACAAAAUGCGUGACGGCGUGGAUAUGAUACGCAACAACUCCAACAAUAUCCUCUCUACCGACACUUUCCCAAUGCCCUGCACAAAUGCGGCAGUCGGUACUAAGAAGACCCCGAAGGCUCAGGCGCUGAUAAAUCCAGAGAACGCAAAUCAAAAACAACAAAUCAUCGUUGCAAACGAAGAAUUUCCCAGCAAGAGUUCAAAGAAACCCAGUGUAACGUUGAAGCCAGCCCAGCAGCCCAACGCCGUGCUGUCAAUUGUGGACAUCAAGGACCAGCAAAUUGCAUCCGAAAGCGUGUCAGUGCCCAGCCAGAUGAGUAUCAGUGUUCCUAAUCUGACGACAACUUCGGCCUCAGAGGUUCCCUCGACCUCCGAGGUGGCCACCCACACGGGUUUGCUCGAGACAUUUGCGGCAAUCGCUCGUCGCCGUACCUCCCAGGGUACUAAUAUCCAGGAUAAUCAGAUCAUAAACGCGGAUGUGAAUGUCAACGAGCACGGCGACCAGAACGCAUCUGGGUCAUUCCUCGGCCACUCGGUGACCAGUUUGGUCAAGCUGGCAUUGUCGAGCAACUUCCACUCUGGACUGCUGAGCACCGCCCAAAGUUAUCCAAGUUUAUCGUCGAAUAAUAGCGAAAAUAUAGCUCCAUCGAACCCCACAAACACUUCGGCCGGCCAGCAAUCGGCGUCCACUAUAAAUCACACCCUAACAAUGAGUCUAACAUCCACAUCGAGCGACAGCGAGCAGGUGUCCUUGGAGGACUUUUUGGAGAGCUGUCGAGCACCGGCUCUGCUGGGCGACUUGGACGAUGAGGACGACAUGGAUGAGGACAACGAUGAGGAGGAGAAUGAAGACGAAUACGAAGAAGUGGGCAACACUCUCCUGCAAGUAAUGGUUUCCCGGAACCUGCUCACCUUUAUGGAUGACGAGGCACUGGAGAACAGGUUGGUGGGAGUGACUAAGCGAAAGUCCUGGGACGAUGAAUUCGUGCUGAAGAGGCAGUUUUCCGCGUUGAUCCCUGCAUUUGAUCCGCGACCCGGCCGUACCAAUGUUAAUCAAACAUCCGAUUUGGAAAUAUCCCCCAUUGGCGUUGAGUUGCCCAAACCCCAGCAGAGUGGACCGGAAACCAUUGAGCAGCCGCUGCUCGGAUUGAAAUUGCGAGGUCCGGGAAUUGGUGGCAUUCCCGAAGUGGAAAUCGACUUGAACAACACCGACUGGACCAUUUUCCGAGCCGUACAGGAGUUGCUGCAAUGCAGCCAGUUGAACAAGCUGGACAAGUUCCGUAAAAUCUGGGAACCCACAUACACAAUUGUCUACCGGGAGGUGACGCCCGAGGCGCAGGAGAGCACCGGCUUGGAAUCGGAAGACUUCCCCCAGACGCCGGAUGUGUCGUCCAAGAGCGGUGCUUCAACUUUGUCGCCCAACUCGCCCAUGCACAUUGGAUUCAACGUGGCCGACAACAACCUUUGUUCCGUCGACGAUGUACUUGAGCUGCUCACCCAAAUCAAUGGUCUCAAUCAAUCUGAAAUCGGUUCGGAUGCUAAGGAACAUGGUGUCGUUUUGGCGUUGUCCGAAGAUCUCUUUAUCAGCAAGAAGAUAACCAACAAACUGCAACAGCAAAUUCAGGAUCCACUGGUGCUGGCAAGCAACGCCUUGCCGAACUGGUGCGAGAAUCUGAACCAAUCCUGCCCGUUCCUGUUUCCAUUUGAAACCAGGCAGCUGUACUUCAACUGCACCUCGUUUGGCGCGUCUCGCAGCAUUGUUUGUCUUCAGUCCCAGCGAGACGUGACCGUGGAGAGGCAGAGGAUUCCCAUCAUGAGCCCGCGGCGGGAUGACCACGAGUUCCGCAUUGGACGCCUCAAGCACGAACGCGUUAAAGUACCACGAAACGAGGACCUGCUCAAGUGGGCAAUGCAGGUUAUGAAGACCCACUGCAAUCGCAAGUCCGUGCUGGAGGUGGAGUUCUUGGACGAGGAGGGAACUGGCCUGGGACCCACCUUGGAGUUCUACGCCUUGGUGGCUGCUGAAAUCCAGCGAUCCGACCUCUGUAUGUGGCUCUGCGACGAUGACUUGGGCGAGGACACCGAAAACCAGUCGGAGAGUGCUGGAGCCAAUUCGAAGCCAGUGGGCUACUACGUAAACCGCAGGGAGCACGGAAUUUUCCCUGCCCCUCUGCCGCAAAAUACCGAAAUAUGCGAGAAGGUUCUGAAAUACUUCUGGUUCUUCGGCGUUUUUGUGGCGAAAGUAUUGCAGGAUAUGCGACUAGUGGACAUACCCCUGUCCACAUCGUUUCUCCAGUUGCUUUGCCACAACAAAGUUCUAUCACGUAAUCUCCAAAAAGUAAUUUCUGACCGGCGAAAUGGCGAUCUCUCCGUCGUGUCAGAAGAAUCGGACAUAGUGGAAACCUGCACUAAACUGCUACGAACUGAUUGCAAUAAGUCAAACGCAUUCGGCGGAAUUCUGUCAUUGGAAAACCUUAAGGAAAUAGAUCCAACUCGAUAUCAAUUCCUGCAAGAAAUGCAAAACCUGUUAAUGCGAAAGCAGUCAAUUGAGUUUGACGAUACUUUAAGCGCUGAGAAGAAACAGGAGCUAAUCGAUGAGCUUAAGCUGCGCACCCAAAAUGGCUUGGAAGUUUCCCUUGAAGACUUGGCGCUUACGUUCACGUAUCUGCCGAGUUCAUCGGUCUAUGGAUACACCCAGGCGGAACUGCUGCCAAACGGGUCGUCUGUGAAUGUCACUAUCAACAACCUGGAGGCAUAUUGCGAACUGCUGAUGAACUUCAUCCUGCAGGACGGAAUCGCUCAGCAAAUGAAGGCUUUCAGCGACGGAUUCAACGAAGUGUUCCCCCUAAAAAAGUUAGCCGCCUUUACUCCCUCUGAGGCCCGAAUGAUGAUUUGUGGCGAGCAGUUCCCGCAUUGGAGCCGAGAAGACAUUAUUUCAUACACUGAGCCAAAGCUUGGCUACAACAAAGACAGUCCCGGAUUCCAACGCUUUGUUAACGUUUUGUUAAGCAUGUCGGGAGACGAGAGGAAGGCCUUCCUUCAAUUCACAACUGGCUGUAGCAGCCUGCCCCCGGGAGGACUUGCCAACCUACAUCCACGACUGACAGUCGUGCGAAAGGUAGACGCUGGCGUUGGAAGCUAUCCAUCCGUGAACACCUGCGUUCACUACUUAAAGCUUCCAGACUACCCAACUGAAGAGAUCAUGAAAGAGCGCUUGUUAACAGCAACAAAAGAAAAGGGGUUUCAUUUAAAUUAAACAAUUUAUUGUACUCGAUAUUCAAGUUAAUAAAAUUUGAACCUUUUGUUAUUUAAA